AUAACGCACUGUUUUUAACCCAUAACGCUCCAAGUGUGCCUCCCAGGAACCAUCAAUGAUCAGCGUUCUACUCCAAGUGUGCCUCCCAGGCAUCACCGGUGAUGAUUAUAAGAAUACGUUGGAGUUGCCAGUAGAUAACUACAAUUAAAUGUCGAAGUAUUAAAGGUUAAGGAACCUCUUACCUGUAAAAUGCACAGAGUAAUAAGGAAAAAAUCUAUAUAAAUAUUAAUUAUCUUAUUCAUUAUAUAUAAAACUUGUAUGAUGAUAUCUUGAACAUAUACAUGGUUUACAUUUUUUGAUUAGAUUAAUUUUACGUUAUUCUGUACUUAUUUUUUCUUUAAGUGUAUCUGCACUUGAAUAUGUAGAUGGUACAUUUAUGCCAUAACCUAAUUAUCAUGCUACAUACGAAGAUACUCAAGCAAAGUAUUAGGACCAUGUCAACACUCCGUUUAGCAUUAGUGCAACUUGCUGUGGGCGAUGACAAAACGAAAAAUUUAACACGAGCUGUUGAUUAUAUUGAACAAGCUAAAAAAGAUCGUGCGAACAUCGUCGUAUUACCAGAGUGUUUUAAUUCUCCUUAUGGAACAUCUCAUUUCCCAAAAUACGCAGAAGAAAUUCCAAAAGGCCAGACGAGCAUUGUGUUGUCUGAUGCGGCGAAAAAAAAUAAUAUUUACGUAAUUGGCGGUACAAUUCCAGAAAGAGAUGGCGAUAAAUUGUAUAAUACUUGUACGAUUUGGGGACCUGAUGGAAAAAUGAUAACUAAAUACAGAAAGAUGCAUCUCUUCGAUAUCGAUAUCAAAGGGAAAAUUACGUUUCGCGAAAGCGACUCAUUAACUUCUGGAAAUUCUCUGACCACUUUCGAAAUAAUGGGGUGUAAAAUUGGGAUUGGCAUUUGCUACGAUAUUCGUUUUGAAGAAUUGGCUAGACUUUAUAGAAAUCAAGGUUGCCAAAUGUUAAUAUAUCCAGGUGCAUUCAAUUUAACAACUGGUCCACUGCAUUGGUCGCUUCUGCAGCGUUCUAGAGCAAAUGACAAUCAAUUAUACGUCGCCUGCGUAUCACCAGCUCGUGGUUCUCUUCCUGGUUAUAUAGCAUGGGGACACACACAGCUAACUAAUCCUUGGGGUGAAAUACUUCAUGAAUUAGAUUCUACGGAAGACAUGAUCGUCUCUGAUAUAGAUCUCAAAGUGGUUGAUGAGGUAAGAGCUCAAAUUCCAAUUUUCUCCCAACGACGUACGGAUUUGUAUAACACAAUUUGGAACAAUUUGUUCUAGAAUUAAAAUAUAAAAAAAAGAUUUAAAGAGACGCGGAUUGAGUAGUCGGAGAACAGUCAGCUGUUAAUCAAUGAGAUUUAAAUCAAUAAGUUUUCGGUUGCUAAGAUGUUAGUUGCUAAUCAAUAAAACGUUAGUUGUUUAUGAAUGAAUUGAGAUAUUAAGGAGAAAAAGAUCGAAAUCAGUUGUUUAGUUGUAUCAGAUGAAAAACCAUUGUUUUCGAUAUCGGUUGUGAAAAAGUUUUACUCUCCAUUAAAUAAGAAAAAUUGUGUUACUUUUUUUUGUGUUUUACUUGUUAC